CUUUGUUCAUCACUUAUUACAGAUUUUUUGUUAUAAAUUUGAGUACAAGAAUUAUAUAAUUUGUAAAAUGACACUGUAGUGGAGACCUUGGUACAACACUAUUAAAAAUCCUCCCUGUUUGUGAGAUCUGAGGUUUGUAGAAUAGUGAAAUUCUUUCGUAUGUUGGAUCUUGGUCUGUUCCUGAUGGUGGGAGUGCUGGGCUAAUGUAUCUCACUGUGAGCUGGGUCUUGGCUAUUUGCAUAACAUGGCAGUUCUGUACAUUCUUCUGGCUAAUUGUAAAUAUAAAUGUUUCAUAAUAGCUUAGUUGCAUUUUUGAGGUACAGCCAUUUGUGUGAGAUUAGAAAAAACUUUAUUUCUAAGAACUUGUAAAAAAAAAAGUAUUUUCAAUAAAAUUCCCUACCUCACCUCUAUUGUGCAGAAAUGAUCCCAUUUUCCUAUGUUGAAUUUUUACAAAGUUGGAAACACAAAGGUCCUCUUUCAGUUAUUGGCUAAACAUUGCUGGUUGUCAUCAAAUCAGUCAAAUAACAGACUGCUUGAAAGUCUGAAGUCUCAUUUGUUUCCUUUGCUCCCAUUCCAUUGUGGUGAUCGGGUAUUUGGUACCUGAAAAGCAAGUUCUAGAACUGUUAUGGCAUCUCCAGCUGCUUCCUCCCUGUGCCCUGGGGGCCAGAGCUUGUACCCUGGAGUUGCGUAGGGGUUGGCCAGGCUUCAGGGGAGGGUUAUUAUUUUUCUUUUUAGCAGUGAGGGGGGUGGGUGACAGUUGUACACCAAGCAUCUCUCUUACCUUAAGGGGGGGAAGGGUUCCCAAUCCUUGUUUUGCAGGGAAGGGCAUUGGACAAACACUUUGCUUUCUUUAGUUGGGAUGUAAAUGCACAUUCCCAUAAUCAGUUCUAAAAAUAAAUGUCUUCAAAGACUUGGAAGUUAUGCCAAACUGAACUAGCUAAUUAAUUCCUCCUUCCUCUGCAAUAGCUAACUUCUUACACCUUUAAAAAAGUAGAUCACUAGUGCCAGGAGCGUUCUCUCCAGUUGCUGCUGGGAAUUACUUUCUCUGGCUCCUGACAUGGAUAUAGCAAACCCAAAUCCAAUUUUUAACCUUAGAUCUUUCAGUAGCUGGUUUUGAUUCCUCUGCAUUCCUGCACCUAUAAUGGCAACAUUUUCCUUGCCAUAGUUCAGAGAUUGUGUUCUUUGACAACAUCUGUAAAAUUUCUGAGGCUGUCCCAUGGUACAGGUCCCUGGGAAAAGGGAAAAGAAGGGGAGAAAAGGCACUGGACUGUGUGUACUGGUGGCCCUUCCUUAGGAUAACUCUUGUUCUCAUUUGCUUUUGUGCAAGAACCGGAGAUUUCACAGGAGGGGUGGAGAAAUGGCAUCAGUUCCUGCUUAGCUCUGUGAAAAAGCACUGAUUUUGAACCCAAAUAAUCUCAAGAGACUGUGGGUUUUCUAGGCUCAGUGUCUGCUUCUUUGGAAAGAGAAGUAGAUGUAGUUUUAGAUGCAAAUUUUGCUGUUGGUAGUUCCAAGACCAGUGUAAAAUAGGUGGUUGGCAUUCCUAAGAACCCUCCCUUCUGAGAUGUGAGCAGUGGCUCAGAGCUUCAAACAUUACUGUGUGAAAGGACUAGCAAGUACCCUGCAAUGAUACAAGAACAGUGUGUUUUCAGGCUCUCUGAUUUAAGCCCCAGAUCUAUAGGAAACCUGGAGUCACAGCAAAGCACCCCCCCUAGUGCUUGGCAGCCUGGCAUGAGUUGUAAUGGGCUCUUACUGGUUUCAGAUUUAAACCAGUAAGACUUGGUUUAUAAUUAUAUUUAUAUAUUUAUAUAUAUUAAUUAUAAUUAAGCAAGUGUCACCCUCCUCCCUGAGUCACUUCUCAUGGAAUAUACUGUUUUCAAGGUUUUGCACCCUUUCUCUUGACUACCUUAGACACCUUAAUUAAGCAUCUGGAUUUGGAUGUGAAAAUCUGUGAUCUCCUCGUGUAAGAAAUAGCAAAGUUAGACUUGUUUCUAGAAUGUCCCACUAGACUGGCUCAGCCGAGUGACCCAAGACUCCCCAACCCAAUGUCCUGCUUGGUUUAGGUGUGCUGUGCCCUGGGCUGGGCUGCAGGCACAUCCCCACCAUCUCCAGCAGAUUAGCCUGAAAUACUUUGUUGCAAGUGCUGGCCUUAAAGUGCCACCUCGUUCUCAACAUCUGGUUAAGCAAAAGCAAAAAUGUGCUUUCACAUUUUGAUUAAAGGCUCGGGUUCAAGUUUUACAUACCUCUAAGUUCCAAACUAAUUUUAGUGUAAUUAGCUGGAUUAAACAUGACACUUAAAUUACAAAUAACUAAUAACCUUAAUAUUGGAGAGCACUAACAAGAGACGUUAGUUUUGCUUAUAAGUCAUGUGCAUAAGGAAGGGGAUUUAUAAUGCUGACAUUUUAUUAAUUAACUAUAUAUUCUAGAGCAUUCCCAUUCUUCCCCACUUAUAUCUGUCAUCUCAGCUUCAUGUCAUGCUAAAUAAAACCUCACAUUUACUUUGCAGCUUUACUGGAGACACUACAUUAACCUGAGAAGAAUUAAUGCACAUCAUGGAAUUAUGUACAUCCCACCUGAGUUCCUAUGCCAGGGCUCCCACCUUUACUCUGCAAAGUACUUAAAUGUGAAGAUCCUUUAACGUGACGUUGCCAUGGAUUCCUGGCAUGAGCACCAACCUGUAUUCCUCAAAAUGGGACUGUUAACUGCUUGAACUUGGAAGAUGACUGUGAUGUUGGGAUUUCUCUUAUACUGGCAUUAUGUUCUGUCAUUGUUAUGUGACAUUAUACCCACAGAAACUAUCAAUAAAGGAUUUUGCUAGAA